AUGGAGCGAAAAGAGAAUCCCAUGCAGCAAAUAAAACUAGAGAAGAUCUGCCUAAACAUAUGUACCGGAAAGAAUGACGAUUCAUUAAACAAGGCAGCCAAAGUGCUUGAGCAGCUAUCAGGACAGUCCCCUGUGUUCAGCAAGGCAAAGAUAACCCUCAGAGCCUUCGGUAUCCGAAGAAACGAAAAGAUCGCCACAAAUGUGGUUAUCAGAGGACAGAAGGCAAUGGACGUGCUCACUGCCGGUCUCCGAGUAAAGGAGUACGAGCUUCCAUACACCUGCUUCUCUAACACAGGAACCUUUGGAUUUGGUAUCCAGGAGCAUAUCGAUCUGGGAAUCAAGUACGACACCAACAUCGGUAUCUUCGGAAUGGACUUCAGCGUAAUCCUGACUAAGCCCGGAAAGAGAGUCAGCCAGAGAAGAAAAUGCAAGGCAAAGGUAGGAAAAAGACAAAGAGUGUCCCAGGAAGAGGCUAUCAACUGGUUUAGAACUGUCUUUGACGGCACUGUUCUAGUAGAAAAGACUGGAGACAACUAA